UUCAGUAUGGGGGUAAAGAGCAAGGCUGCUGCGGCUAUCAUAGUCCUACUGCUAUUCCUCGGCUCCCUGUGGCUACAAGGAGGGUUGGAUUACCACUGGGAUUCUUGUUUGAAAGGUUAUAAUCAGGUCAAUAAGGUAAGAGUGGAAGCAAAUCAUGAACUUUACCCUCUGUCCAAUAGCAGUGAGGGUUAUGGGGCUGAGGGCCCAGAGGUCCUGGGGCAGUGCCCUGGUCAGACCUUCCAGGUGUCGCUGCUGCUGUCCCACCUGCUAGCUGCACCAGCCUUCACCUCUGACGUGCUGCUGCAGCCAUAUCUCUCCAGCUGGGAUGAGCUUGUGAGGUUCAUGGAGGCUCUGGGCCCAAUGGUUGGACUGAUCUCUAAAGAGAUAGAGACCAAGACUUCAAUUAUUCGCCAACUGGCCCUGCUGGCAGACGAGGGCCCCGAGGCAGAGCUGGGCCCUGAUGUACACCCAUUAGAUGCUGUGAACACAGAGUCUGCAGCACAGAAUACAUUACACCACACCAGCGCAUACCACUCUGUGCGCUCCAUGAUCCGGGCUGAGCUCAGCCACGGCAUGGUGAACUUCCACCACCAGACAGACUCUGGGUGCCGCACUCUGCUGCGUCUGCACCGCGCUCUGCUGUGGCUCAAGCUCUUUCUGGAGAAGUUGGCAGAGACACCGGUGGCUGGUCGAUUUAGGAGCCCAGCGGAGCUGUGUCGUGAGGCCUACCAGAGCACCCUGGCACACCACCACACCUGGUUUGUCCGCAGGGCUGCGGAGCUGGCCUUCAUUGCCAUGCCUGAGCGGGGUUUCUUCUACAGGCUGGUGUGCGUGCAUAACCAGGAGGAGUUCAACAAAGUGUUGAACAAAGUGGCGCAGGCCAUCGGAGAAGUUUACGACAGGACUCAGGGAGCUCUGGAGGAAAAUGGCAUGCUGGACUUGCCAUAG